GCCGCCGAACAUGUCCAUGCCGCCGGCCAUGUCAAUCUCCUCCUCCUCUUCCUCUUCCUUCUUCUCUUCCUCCUUCUCCGCGUCGCCGCCGCCACCACCAUCGCCGCCGCCGCCGCCGCCGCCGCCGCCGCCGGAGCCGCCCGGCUUGACGAUGAGGUUCUUGCAGUUGUCGCCCGACGUGAAGAACUUGGCCGCGAUCAUGGGCCAGUAGGCCUCGACCUCGUUCCCCGUGGCCUCGACCAUGGCCUUGAUCGAGUCGGCGUUGAUCUCCGCGCCGCCGUCGUGGAGCGCGAGCGCCGCGAAGCACACGCAGUGCUCGUCCUUCUCGGCCUUCGAGAGACCCGCGAGCGCCAUUUUUUUCGUCUCAAAUACCUUUCACCCUCGAGAGGGACUCGACGACGUCUGUGCGUAGUCAAGCGGUACCUGCGCGGCAAGAGGUGAGUUUUACAAUUUUUUGUAUUUGUGUAUGAAGCGAGCGACGGUCUCGGCGCGUCCCCAGGCCUGCCCGGUCGGCGGCGUUUAGGUGCUGGAGGUCCAGCCCUAGCAACACACCGUAUGCGCCGUGUCGCCCACGGCCAGCGAUGCGGUGCACAGGCGUGUUCGAGGGGUAUGUCGACGGCGUCCGGAGCGCUUCGAGUCUCUGAAAUUCGCAGUAGCAACGCUGUGCGGCACCAAAGACGGCUGCUUUG